CUUUCUGCGCAGACGCGGCCCCGGGCUGCUCGGCGGCAGCAGCGGCGGCGGCGGGAGGCUGCGGCCGGGUAUGGUCCAGCGGGCGCGAUGGCCCCCGCCAUGCAGCCGGCCGAGCUUCAGUUCGCCCAGCGGCUGGCGUCCCACGAGAAGGACAUCCGGGACCGCGCGGUGAAGAAGCUGCGCCAGUACAUCAGCGUGAAGACGCAGAGGAAGACAGGAGGUUUCAGUCAAGAAGAACUCCUGAAAGUAUGGAAAGGGCUCUUCUGCUGCAUGUGGGUGCAGGACGACCCGCUCCUCCAGGAGGAGCUAGCGAACACUAUUUCCCAACUCGUCCACGUUGUUAACAACUCAGAGGCCCAACAGCUGUUCCUUCAGACCUUCUGGCAAACGAUGAAUCGAGAGUGGAAGGGGAUAGACCGGCCGCGCCUGGGCAAGUACCACAUGCUGAUCCGUCUGGUCCUGAGGCAGUCCUUUGAAGUUCUGAAGCGAAGUGGCUGGGAAGAAAGCCGAACCCAGCUCUUCCUUGACGUGCUGAUGAGAGAGGUCCUGCGCCCCGAGAGCCGGUCUCCUGAUGGAGUGAGGUUUCACUUCAUCGGUAUUUACCUGGAGGAGCUGUCCAAAGUGGGAGGCAGAGAGCUUUUGGCAGAUCAGAAUCUCAAGUUCAUUGAUCCACUCUGCAAAAUCGCUGCCAAGACUAAGGACCAGACGCUGGUGCAGACCAUAGCUAGGGGUGUUCUGGAAGCCAUCGUAGGCCAGUCUCCUCUCGAACCUGGAGAGACCCUCGAGGAAGAGACCCCCUGUGCAGGGGAGAGCCAGCUCCCUGAGGAAGAGAUGCCUGAGCACGGGGAGGCCUGGAGACAAGCCGUCGGUAAAAAGAAGACCGCGCCGGGCACGGAGCACUCUGGACCGGACGGGCGCCCGGAGGACGCAGGGCCCCUGCUCCAGUUCGACUACAAGGCGGUUGCUGACCGACUCCUGGAAAUCACCCGCAGGAGGAACACCCCCCCCUUCAACAGGAAGCGUCUCUGCAAACUCAUCAAGAAGUUUCAGGAUCUCUCCGAAGGUGAGGAGGCCCAGGGGCCACAGCCGACCACGUGGCGGGGGCAAGGCCCCGCAGGCAGCAUAACCCAGCUCAGUUUUGCUGAGGACACUUCUGUUGAUGAAGAUGACCAAACUCUCAACACAGGAAAGCACAGGAAAAAAGCAAAUAAACUUUUAGAGAAAACCAAACCAGAGAAAGAGAGAGGAAACAAGUCGUCCCUUGCUGAGGAAGAGGAGAGCAAAGGCAGCGUUCCGAAGAGAAAAAGGAAAAAGAGGAAGAAGGCCCAUCUGCAGCCGGCACAUGUAGGGUCGGGGGCCCAGGCCCCGCGCCUAGAACAGAAUGGGGACGGGGAGACGGAGGGAAGAGCCCUGGAGAUGCCUGCGGCCGAGCAGGGGGCACCUGCAGCCCCUCGCCCCCAGGAGCAGGGCGUUUCGGGGCCCGCCCCUGCGCACAGGAAGCGGAAACGACCGAGGAAGAGGAGCCUAAGGGGCCAGGGCGAGAGCACGGAGUCCACGUCGCCACAGCCUCUGGACGGUGCGGCCCUCGCCAGCGGAGCCCCCGUCCACAAGAGGAAGAGGACGCUCGGGGCCCUCCCGGUCAACGGCAGCGGCCCCCCCACGCUGGCCUGGCCCCCACCCCAGCAGGAGGGCCGGCCAUCCGGCCUGCCUGCGGCCAAGAGACUGAAGAAAAAGAACAGAGAGCCCAGCAGCCUUGACCUUUACAGCCCAUCCCACCAGAAAGCCGCCAUCUUGAAAAAGAGGAAGAAAAUGAAAGAGAUGUGUCACUUGGUGGAGCGCAGCGGCGUGCUGAAGUCCGAAGCCAGGCUCGUCCAGGCCCUGGGCGGUGGGGGGACUUUGAGCGCCUCGAAGAAGCAGCAGCUGAGGACGGAGAGUGACUUUGUGAGGUUCAACACCCCCUUCCUGCCGAAGCCCCUGUUCUUCAGAAAAGCCAAGGGCGGUGCCACCGUCACCUGUGUGCGCCCUGCCGGGCAGCGAGACAAGGCGCCCUCGAGCUCCAAGAAGGUCACCUUCGGGCUGAACAGAAACAUGACCGCGGAGUUCAAGAAGACGGACAAGAGUAUCCUGGUCAGCCCCACGGGCCCCUCCAGGGUGGCCUUCAACCCUGAGCAGAGGCCUCUCCACGGCGUGCUCAAGACCCCCGCCAGCUCGCCCGCCGGCAGCCCCCUGGGAGCCAGGAAGCCGCUGACGGCCUCGCCGAAGAGAAGGCCCACGGCUACGGACUUUUUCUAGGGCGCCGCUGAGGCCUUCGAGACGGGUUUUGUACGGAUGUUCUAUAACUUAUGACUCAAAGAA